AUGUGCACACAGGAGGGUUUCCAGGCGCAGAGGAGUCAGUUGGUGAGGCUGCUGGUCUCAGGAUCCCUGGAGGGCUUCGAAGGUGUCCUGGACUGGCUGCUGUCCUGGGAAGUCUUGUCCUGGGAGGACUAUGAGAGCCUCAGCCUUCUGGGCCAGCCCCUCUCCCACUUGGCCAGACGCCUCCUGGAUACGGUGUGGAAUAAGGGGGCUUGGAGCUGUAAGCAGCUCAUUGCAGCUAUUCAGGAGGCCCAGGCCAAUAGCCAGCCCCUCGAGUUGCAUGGACUCUGGGACCCACAAUCACCCUGCCCAGCCCGCAACCUGCAGAGUCACCGGCCAGCCAUUGUCAGGAAACUCUGCAGCCACGUGGAGGGCAUGCUGGACCUUGUGCAGGAGCAGGGCUUCAUCAGCCAGUAUGAAUGUGAUGGCAUCAGGCUGCCCAUUUUCACGUCAACCCAGCGGGCAAGAAGGCUGCUGGAUCUUGCCACAGUGAAGGCCAAUGGAUUGGCUGCCUUCCUUCUACAACAUGUUCAGGAAUUACCGGUGCCAUCAGUCCUGUCCUCCGAGGAUGCUGCCUGUAAGAAGUACAUGGCCAAGCUGAAGACUACAGUGUCUGCCCAAACUCGCUACUUGAGUAGCUACGAUGGAGCAGAGAACUUGUGCCUAGAGGACAUAUAUACAGAGAACGGCCUGGAGCUGCAGACGGAUGCUGGCAUGGCUGGACUCUCGCAGCAGAACCCAGCCACCGUGGGCCUGGAGGAGCUCUUCAGUCCCCAUGGCCCUCUCAAUGAAGAUGCGGACACAGUGCUAGUGGUGGGCGAGGCGGGCAGUGGCAAAAGCACACUCCUGCAGCAGCUGCACUUCCUGUGGGCUGCAGGCCGGGACUUCCAGGAGUUUCUCUUUGUCUUUCCAUUCAGCUGCCGGCAACUGCAGUGUGUGGCAAAACCGCUCUCUGUCCAGAUGCUGCUUUUUGAACACUGCUGCUGGCCUGAUGUCGGCCAACAGGACGUCUUCCAGUUCCUCCUUGACCACCCUGACCGCGUGCUGCUAACCUUCGAUGGCUUUGACGAGUUCAGGUACAGGUUCACCGAUUGUGAGCGUCAUUGUUCUCCAGUCAACCCCAUGUCUGUCCAGAACCUGCUCUUCAACCUUCUGCAGGGCAACUUGCUGAAGAAUGCCCGCAAGGUGCUGACCAGCCGUCCAGAUGCAGUGACAGCUUUCCUCAGGAAGUAUGUCCGCACGGAGCUCAAGGUCAAGGGUUUCUCGGAGGAGGGCAUUGAGCUGUACAUGCGGAAGCACCAUCGGGGGCCUGGGGUAGCAGACCGCCUUGUCCACCUGCUCAAAGCGACCUCAGCCUUGCAUGGUUUGUGCCACCUUCCUGUCUUCUCAUGGAUUGUGUCCAAAUGCCACCAGGAGCUGUUGCUGCAGGGUGGGGGCUCCCUGAAGACCAGUACAGACAUGUACCUGCUGAUCCUGCAGCAUUUUCUGCUGCAUUCCUCCCCACCAGACACAACCCGCAGCAGCCCAGGACCCAGCCUCCUUAGUGGCAGGCUCACCACACUCCUGCACCUCGGCUGCCUGGCUCUCUGGGGCUUGGGCAUGUGCUGCUAUGUGUUCUCAGCCAAGCAGCUUCAGGCAGCGCAGGUAGACACUGAGGACAUUUCUCUGGGCUUCCUGGUGCGUGCCAAAAGCACUGUGCCAGGGAGCUCGGCACCCCUGGAGUUCCUGCACAUCACCUUCCAGUGUUUUUUUGCUGCGUUCUACCUCGUGCUGAGUGCUGACCUGCCGCCUACCAUACUCAGACACCUCUUCAACUGCCAAAGGCCAGGUGGCUCCCUGCUGGCCAGGCUACUGCCCAUGCUAUGUGUCCCGGGCUCUGAGCACAAGGAGGGCACCGUGGUAUCUUUGCUGCAGGAGGCUGAGCCACACAACCUCCAGAUCACGGCAGCCUUUGUGGCAGGGCUAUUGUCCCAGGAGCACCGGGGUCUGUUGGUCGAGUGCCAGGCUUCUAAGAAGGCCCUGCUCCGGCGCCAUGCCUGUGCCCGGUGGUGUCUGGCCCACAGCCUCCGCAAGCACUUCCACUCCAUCCCACCUGCUGUGCCUGGUGAGGCCAAGAGCAUGCACGCCAUGCCUGGCUUCCUGUGGCUCAUCCGGAGUCUGUACGAGAUGCAGGAGGAGCGGCUGGCCCGGGAGGCCGCAUGUGGGCUGGACGUCGAGCACCUGAAGCUGACCUUCUGCAGUGUCGGCCCCACUGAGUGUGCGGCCCUGGCUUUUGUGCUGCGGCAUCUCCGGCGGCCCGUGGCCCUGCAGCUGGACUACAACUCCGUGGGUGACGUUGGCGUGGAGCAGCUGCUGCCUUGCCUUGGGGUCUGCAAAGCUCUCUACUUGCGAGAUAACAAUAUCUCAGACCGAGGCAUCUGCAAGCUCAUUGAACGCGCUCUUCACUGUGAGCAGCUGCAGAAAUUAGCUCUCUUCAACAACAAAUUGACUGAUGGCUGUGCACACGCCAUGGCCCAGCUCCUUGCAUGCAAGCAGAACUUCUUGGCGUUGAGGCUGGGGAAUAACCACAUCACUGCUUCAGGGGCCGAGGUGCUGGCCCAGGGGCUCCAGGACAACACCUCCCUCCAGUUUCUGGGGUUCUGGGGCAACAAGGUGGGUGACAAGGGGGCCCAGGCUUUGGCUGAAGCCUUGAGUGACCACCAGAGCUUGAAGUGGCUCAGCCUGGUAGGGAACAACAUUGGCAGUGUGGGUGCCAAAGCCUUAGCACUGAUGUUGGAAAAGAACGUGGUACUGGAAGAACUCUGCCUGGAGGAGAAUCAUCUCCACGAUGAAGGUGUGUGUUCUCUCGCUGAAGGACUUAAGAGAAAUUCAAGUUUGAAAGUCCUGAAGCUGUCCGACAACUUCAUCACCUGCGCUGGGGCAGAAGCCCUCCUGCAGGCCCUUGGAAGGAAUGAUACCAUCCUGGAAGUCUGGCUCCGAGGGAACACUUUGUCUCCAGAGGAAAUGGAGACGCUCAGCCGUAAGGACUCCAGACUCUUGCUUUGA